AUGCAUCCAGACUUCACACCCCCUACGUACGAACUCCUUCCAAUCCAAACCCCAUCCCAAAACCCACCCCAAAACCCACCCCAAAACAACAACAACUACAACCCGCAAACAGUAGUCAACAACCUCUUAAGACUAUCAUGGACCACUCAAACCACAAUAAUAACCGAAGCAACCUUCACAGAAUGGCGCAACCAAAUGUCCACCGGUCUCGAGGAUCUAUCAAACCAUACCCAUCUCCUCAAACCUUCUAACCUAGUUUCCCUCCUGCAGCACGGCAUCGUCGGUUGCCUAGAUCAUUUCCAGGGUAUAGCAGCUCCCAAAGCCGCUAUGUGUUUCCCCGAUCGAUGCCGGCGUGUCAGGUUAGUAGCUGCUACUCUGUGCGAGUAUUUAAAAUUGGAACUUCGAGAGAAACACUCCGUUUUCGACGAUGAAACUAAAGAGAUGAUUGAGUUUCGGGGUGGUAUGAGAGGUGAGCGGAGGAGAUUAGCUGGUGAGCGGACGCUUAUUGAUGCUUCGAGUUUGCGGGAGGAGGUGGAAGUUAACGGUGUUCUAGCGUCGAUGAGAGGCAGGAAUGGGCCUGGAUUUAACAUUGUCACUGACGGGGUUGUGACGAUUCAUGACUCGCUUAGGUUGAAUAUUGCGGUUAUUGCUGCGGCUAUUGGGUGUCUUUCGCUUCGUGGAAAGGAUGGGUCGGAUGUCUUUGCGGAUGAGACUGGGGUGGCUAAUCUUGCUGUUUUGGAAACUGAGAACGCCUCGCCUUUCCUCCCUGCUCGCCAUUCACUUGCGCCAACAGAUCAAGGCCAAGGCCAAGGUCAAGACCGGGGAAAACGCCUUCCCAACAGAGCAAGAGCAAAGAAGCCUCAGACACCACCGAACCUAACCAUCGAGAUCCCAGUCCAGAACGCCGAGAAUAGCCAAGAAACAGAAAGUCAAGAUGACACCGGGUCCGAUGCUACAUGA